AUGUGCGAUGCUAACUCUGAGAUCUCUUCAAUUUUGCUAGGGCGUGGCUUUCAAAUUAUCAAAGGUCUUGGAAAUAAAUGUUUUCCGUCUUGCUACCUUGUAUUUCAUCAAGUUUAUCAGCAAAAUUUUGUAUGUAAAAUUAUUUCCAAGAAAACGCAAUAUGAAAACGAAGUUUUAGCCUUAACUACACUUGAUCAUCCAAAUAUUGUUCGCCUUUAUUCUCAUUUUGAAGAAAAUGGCAAAUAUUACAUGAUAUUAGAGUAUUGCGAGGGAGGCACCCCAGAAUCGCUUAUUAAGAAUAAAGUAAGACCCAUACAGAAUAAGAUUGUUAAUAUCACAAAACAACUAGUCCGUGUUUUCAAAUACAUCCACUCAAAAAGGAUUGCUCAUCAUGAUAUAAAGCCAUCGAAUAUCCUUUUUGAUAAGUACGGAAGGAUCAAAAUCGCCGAUUUUGGUCUAUCAGGGUAUUAUUCUACCAAUGAGUCGCAUUAUAAUGUAGGUAGUUACGGAUAUUUGGCUCCUGAGCAGAGAACCAGCCAUGCUUUCGAUCCUUUCUUAGCUGAUAUAUGGUCGCUAGGCGUUACGAUUUACUACAUGACUUGCGGUUUGAAUCCUUUCAUUAAACAGAAGAAUUCCUAUAAAUACAUUAUUCCAAUGUUCGUGGAAAGAUCGCUAGCUGAAGUUAUCUCAGGAACUCUCGAAGAAGACCCUUUAAAGAGAUUAUCACUCGAUAAGAUCGAAGACAUUUUAACCGCAAGGCCAAAGCUUACAAUUCCUUCUCAUUCUUGGUAUAACUUUAAUUUAUCAGAGAAUAUCCCUGUUUCUCCACAAGGUCAAAAGAUCAGACAUGGAAAGAGUGCAAUUCUCAAAGCUUAA